AUGCUGCUGAGGGGUGGGGACGUUGCGAGAACGCUGCUGCUGCUGCUGCUGCUGGCGCUGACCACCUCCAGUGCUGCUCCGCUGGGAAGCGCCACUCCGACCACCUCCACCACCGCCACCCCCGCCUCCUCCUCCACCGCCACCGCCUCCGCCACCUUCGCUCCCACCGCCACCGCCGCCGCCACCUCCGCCUCCACUGCCGCCACUAGCACCCCCACCCCCGCCACCACCUCCACCGCCACCCCCACUCCCUCCGCCGCCUCCACCUCCACCUCCACCGCCCGCGCUGGCCCCACCCGCUCCCUUGCCCCCCUUGCCCUUGCCAGAGCGGCGUCUCCCGCUAGGGGCAGACGCCGCACCGACCGACUCAAGACCAACGAGGUCGGCCGCAGCGGCAGAGGCUACAGAGGGCAAGAGAGGGGAAGGAGAACACCCCUCAAAGAUGGGGGCGUGGGGGUUACCUCGAGAGGCUCCUACAGCGACGAUGCUCUUCUCCGCCGCUAG